AAGAGCUAGUAACAUAGAUCUACUCCAUCCGUAAGUUUUGUUUUGAUCUGUUUUUCUCAGAUUUCUAUUCUUGUUUAGAACAGAUUAGUGGGGUAAAGUGUUUUUCUCAAUUUGAUAUAAUUUAUGUUUCUAAUUUUGCAGUUCCACCAUGCCAGUGACAUCAACUGUUCAAACACCACUGUUGUUUAGAGGCACCCUUGAAGAAUAUCAGCUGAAAGGUCUUCAGUGGCUGGUCAAUUGUUAUGAGCAGGUUGAUAAAUGCAACACAUAUUUAAAUUAUACAUAUAAUUUCUCCUUUCUGUUUUUUAUUUUUCUUCUUUUUCCGACUGUUUAUUUGGGAAGUUUUGUCAUUUGUAGGGCUUGAAUGGCAUUCUUCCUGAUGAGAUGGGCCUUGGAAAAACCAUUCAGGCUAUGGCAUUUUUGGCUCAUCUAGCGGAAGAUAAAAAUAUAUGGGGACCUUUUCUUGUUGUUGCUCCUGCAUCUGUAUUGAACAACUGGGCAGAUGAAAUUACCCGCUUUUGCCCUGACUUGAAAACUCUUCCAUAUUGGGGUGGGCUUCAGGACCGUACAGUUCUGAGGAAAAAAAUCAACCCGAAGACCCUAUACCGCAGGUAAGCAUCUUUAGUUCUGUUGUAUUUUCUAAGAUCAUUGGUGAUUUGGUAAAAGAAGCAUUUUGGCUUUCAUUUGUCUUCUUGUGUCCUAUUUGC